AUGUCGUCCCACGCGCUCUCGGACGACCAGGUCGCCUCCGAGCUGAAGAAGAUGACAGCCUUCAUCCGACAAGAAGCUCUCGAGAAGGCCCGCGAGAUCCAACUGAAAGCAGACGAAGAAUUUGCCAUCGAAAAGUCCAAACUGGUCCGAGAGGAAAUCGCAGCGAUUGAUAGCGAAUACGAAAAGAAGUUCAAACAAGCCUCCAUGUCACAACAGAUCACCCGAUCCACCAUGGCGAACAAAACUCGGAUAAGGGUUCUUAGCGCCCGACAAGAACUGUUGGAUAAGCUGUUUGAGCAGGCCAGAGCCAAGCUAUCUGAAGCGGGAUCCAAGAGUAAUAACUACGAGGAGAUCCUGGAGGGGCUCAUUCUCGAGAGCAUGUAUCUUCUGUGUGAGAAGAAGGUGAGCUUAAGAUGCAAGAAGGCGGAUAAAGAGAAAGUACAGAGCGCCGCGAAGAAGGCUUCUGCCGAGUACAAGGAGAAGAUGGGCAGUGAAGUUGAAGCGGUUGUGGACGAAAGGGACUGGUUGCCAGAUGAUUCGGCGGGCGGUGUCUUCGUCAUUGGCGGUGGCGGCAAGAUCGAGUUGAACAACACAUUCGAGGAGAGACUGCGGAUGUGCGAGACCGACGCUCUCCCCAGUAUCCGAAACACGCUGUUCGGAGAGAAUCAGAACCGGAAGUUCCACGAUUAA